AUGCCCUUCACCACUGGAGAAGAGAACUUGCUUCGGCUGAACCAAGAGGAUUUUGACUUCAACAUCCAAUUCGAGCAGUUGUUCUUCUCCAUCAUUCCGUCCACUUUGUUCAUCGUAACAUCAUUAUGGCGGACACUUUACCAGGCACGGAAGCCCACCGUGGUGAAUGCGCCGGUUUUCCAAUUGAUCAAAUUGGGUGCUAUUACAACCUAUGUCGGACUUGAGCUUUCACUCCUCAUAUUUGUUGCGGCUGGGUCCUUCCAUGUGACCAACAUGUUCAUAGCUUCCUCCGUCCUCAACCUUGUCUCAGCGAUGCUCAUGAUCACGUUGAGUGUUGUUGAUCACAGCCGAAGCCCAAGGCCGUCUGUACUGCUGAGCAGCUACUUGUUCCUAACUCUUUUUCUGGACGUUGCUCAGGCAAGAACGCUGUUUCUGUCAUCAGAUGACAAACCUGAACUCACUUAUAGCAGCAUAUUCGUCGCUGCUAUAGCUCUGAAGGCCGGAAUAUUGCUAUUGGAAGCCCAGCAAAAGUCCAGAUGGGUGGGUUGGGACGAAAAGGAGCAUAGUCCAGAGGAGACGAGCGGCAUCUUUUCCUUGGGUGUCUUCUUCUGGCUCAACAAGAUGUUCCUGGUUGGCUACAACAAAAUACUAACUAUUGGGGACCUUUACCCUCUAGAUAGCUCCUUCAACGCCAGACCGCUUCAUGACGAGUUUCUGAAGAACAUGGAUUACUCUAAUCUGAAGGGCGACAAAUUUGGUUUGGUGAAGGUGCUUAUGCGUACACUAAAAGUUCCUCUUCUACUUCCUAUACCUCCACGUCUGGCACUUCUUUGUUUCACAUUUUGUCAACCGCUUUUCCUUGAAAAGCUAUUGGAUUAUCUAUCCCAGCCUGAACUCGAUGAGAACGUCGGCUACGGAUUUAUCGGCGCUAGCAUACUUAUCUACUCGGGACUUGCUAUAUCAACGGGCUUUUACUGGUACUUCCACCACCGGAUGCGCACUAUGGCUACGUCAAUACUAGUCACGGAGAUUUUCACUAAAGCCACAAAAGCUCGUAUCGGAACUGGCGAUGACAGUGCUGCGCUGACUUUAAUGAGCACAGACAUGGAGCGAAUCAAGACUGGUUUCAGGAAUCUGCAUGAGAUUUGGGCGAGCAUAAUUCAAGCAGCUCUUGCCGGAUGGAUGUUGUACAACCGGCUUGGUGUAGUGUUCGUCGCACCAGUGGGAGUUGUAAUCGUCUGCUUCAUCGGCUUAGGGAUCCUGAUAAAUUUCACCGGGGAUUCGCAGAGGUCCUGGAUGGCAGGGGUCCAGAAGCGGGUGGGCUUAACAGCCACAGUCAUUGCUAGUAUGAAGAACUUGAAAAUAUCUGGCCUCUCUGUUGCUAUAGGUGACUUUGUGCAGCACCUCCGUGUGGAGGAGCUAGCGGCUGGAGGCCGAUUUCGGAAAUUAGCCAUUAUUGCAGCAGUUUUGGGCUUUAUCCCGCUGCUGAUCAGCCCGCCAUUAACAUUCGCCUUCGCCCAAGCAACCUUACAUGCCUCAAGGAUGUUCACCAGUCUAGCUUUCCUUACACUCUUGACCAACCCGUUGUCACAGGUCUUUCAAUCUAUCCCUGAUCUUGUCUCUGGAUUGGCGUGUUUAGGCCGAAUCCAGUCCUUUUUGGAGUGCGAGGCUCGUCAUGAUUUUCGCCAAGUUCUUGAUGAUAUAAAACGGAAUGCCGAAAAGGCCCGAGCCGACACCGGAACUUUAUCUGGUUCCGAACUGGACUCAGUUCAUCCUCUCAUCAUCAAAAGCGGGAAUUUUGGUUGGGAAGCAGACAAGUUCGUCUUGAGGAAUGUUAGUACUCGAGUGUCCAAGUCCUCACUCACUAUUGUCGUCGGACCUGUUGGUUCUGGGAAGACCACGCUAUGUAAGGCACUACUUGGAGAAAUCCCUUUCAGCGAAGGUAGCGUGGUUUUAGGUACUAGCUUUCCUCACGUUGGAUUCUGCGAACAAACAGCAUUCCUCUCAAACGGAUCUAUUAGAGACAACAUCGUGGGGUUCUCUCCAUACAAUAAUGAGAGGUAUGCCGAAGUGAUUGAGGCUACCUCCCUAAGAUUCGAUCUUGCCACAUUGCCACAGGGAGACCAAACAAAUGUUGGUUCGGAUGGAAUCGUCCUAUCUGGGGGCCAGAAACAACGGGUUUCUCUUGCGCGAGCUCUAUAUUUGCACUCAAAUCUUCUUAUACUAGACGAUAUCUUCAGCGGCUUGGAUGCGGAAACCGAGGAGAAGGUCUUCCAGCAAGUCUUCGGACCAGAUGGACUACUUAAGCGACGAGGUUCUACGGUCGUGUUGUGCACCCACAGCAUCAGGCACCUCCCCGCAGCGGAUCACAUAAUAGCACUUGGCAACGGCACCAUUGUCGAGCAAGGUGGCUUCCAGCAACUGAUGGCCAGUCAAGGAUAUGUUCGACGUCUGGGUUUAAAAGGUCUUUCCGAUAACGCUGCCUCUACUGAGAAAACAACUUCAAAGAAGAGCGCGGAGGAAUCGAAGCCGCAAAUGCUUCACACGACGAUAACCAAUACAUCGUCCACUGCACCGGAUGCGGAUCCAUUGCGGCAAAUUGGCGAUAAAACGGUAUAUAAGCAUUAUUUCAAGAGCAUGGGGCUUACAUACUGGACCGAUGACAUCUACUCGGAACAUCCAACGCACUCUUACGCUUACUACGCCGGCAUAUAUGCUUUGCUUCAAAUCUGUGCCUUGAUCUCACUGCUUCUGCUCGGAAUCGCGCUCUUUAUCGUCUCCGUGAAAAGGGCAGGUGCUAGCCUCCACCAGGAUGCCUUACGAACACUUAUUCAAGCACCGCUAUACUUUUUCACCAAUACGGAUACUGGUGUUGUGACAAAUCUGUUUUCACAAGAUCUGAAUCUUAUAGACACAGAGUUGCCAGAAGCAACUUUGAACACUAUUUUUUGCGUUUUUCAAGCACUCGGGCAAGCGGCAGUUAUGCUUACAUCGUCUCUGUACUUGGCCAUAAGCUAUCCAUUCCUCGGCGCCCUACUAUGGAUCUUACAAAAGUUUUACCUUCGGACCUCUAGGCAGCUUAGGUUGCUAGGACUUGAGACUAAAAGCCCCUUAUACACACAUUUUCUUGACACUGUGAAGGGAAUUACAACUCUGAGAGCUUUCGGUUUCCUUCCCAGCGAUGUCGAAAAGAAUACCCGCCUAAUUGACGCCAGUCAACGACCGGCGUAUCUUCUCCUUAUGAUUCAACAGUGGCUGAACCUCGUCCUCGAUCUGGUAGUUAUGGUGAUAGCAGUGGUCAUGACGACCCUCGCCGUUCGGCUUCACUCCAACUCUGCUUUCGCUGGUGCCUCCUUGUUCUCCCUUAUGAGUUUUGGGGAGAACAUUUCAGGUAUUGUCAUAUUCUACACCAAACUGGAAACUUCCAUUGGAGCAAUCGCUCGUCUCAAAAUGUUCAACGAAAACGUCAAGGCCGAGGAUAGAGAAGAAGAGGACAUUAUUCCUCCUGUCCAGUGGCCGCAAAAUGGCGUGGUAGAGUUGAAGGGCGUAUCUGCAAAUUACGGCGCAGAAGAUCAACCCGAUAGCACGUCCAACUUAGCCCUCCGCAACAUCCACCUCACUAUCAACACAGGCGAGAGAGUCGCCGUCUGCGGUCGUACCGGCAGCGGCAAGUCCAGCCUCAUCGCGCUACUCCUAAAGCUCCUCGACCCCGUCCCUGAGACAGCUGGGAACGCAAUCAUUGAUAACACACCGCUCCACCGUAUAAACCGGGCUGCACUCCGUGAGCGCAUAAUUGCCGUACCCCAGGAAGCCGUAUUCCUACCAGAUGGGUCCACCUUCCGAGCGAACCUAGACCCGUCCAACGUUUCAACACCCGAGGAAUGCCAGGUUGUUCUUAUUGCCGUGGACCUAUGGAAGUUCGUCCAGGAGCGGGGUGGCCUAGAUGCAGGCAUGAGCGCGGGGACUCUCAGCGCGGGACAACGGCAACUCAUGUCGCUUGGGCGUGCGCUGCUGAGACGUUUUAUUCGGGCGCGGAAUGGCUCGGACUGCGGUAUAUUGUUGUUGGAUGAGGUGAGCUCGAGUGUUGACCGCGAGACGGAACGUGUUAUGCAGGAGAUUAUCAGGGUGGAGUUUAGGGACUACACGAUUAUAGCGGUCAGCCAUCGACUGGACAUGAUCAUGGACUUUGAUAGGGUUGUUGUUAUGGAUACGGGAGAGAUUGUGGAGGUUGGGAAUCCUGCGGUGCUGGCCGCACAGGCGGAGACGAGGUUUGGGGAUCUGGUCAGGGCUGGGGCUAGGUAG